CAAUCCGUUCCAGCCCAUACCAAUCGUACAACCAGCCGACGACUGCGGCAUCGACGGCGACGGCGUCGACAGGAACCCAGCGGCGACCCCCUCCGGCCGCCCCUCUGCUCCGCGCCGCAUCGGGAAACCCUGCCGCGAUCCUCCAGCCACGCCGCCCCCCGCGUGCCCACUCGGCUCGUUCGGCCAAAUCCGGUCCUCCGCCCGCGGGGUCCCGAUUUGCGGCUAGUCCUGCGGAUUGCGCGGCGCCAACCCUGGAGAGAGAGACGGGCGUUGACGGACGGUUGCGGCGCACAGUGGUGCCACCAUGUUGCACUGCCUGGAGGGGGUGAGGCACCUGUGCGCGGUGCUCCUCAACCUCAAGUGUUGCGACAUCGACCUCAAGCAGCCCAAGGGCCUGGAGGAUCCCGAAGUCCUCGCCAGGGAGACCGUGUUUAGCGUCAGUGAGGUCGAAGCGCUGUACGAGCUGUUCAAGAAGAUCAGCAGUGCUGUGAUAGAUGACGGGCUGAUCAACAAGGAGGAGUUUCAGUUGGCGCUUUUCAAGACCAGUAAGAAGGAGAGUUUGUUUGCUGAUCGUGUCUUUGAUUUGUUUGACACAAAACACAACGGAAUUCUAGGAUUUGAAGAAUUUGCCCGUGCGUUAUCAGUAUUUCAUCCAAGUGCCGCUCCUGAUGAGAAAAUUGACUUCUCUUUCCAGCUUUAUGAUCUGAAGCAACAAGGUUUCAUUGAAAGACAAGAGGUUAAGCAAAUGGUUGUUGCUACACUUGCUGAAUCAGGAAUGAAUCUUUCAGACGAAGUCAUAGAGAGCAUCAUUGAUAAGACUUUCGAGGAGGCAGACACAAAACAUGAUGGGAAAAUUGACAAAGAAGAAUGGCGCAAUCUAGUCCUCAGACAUCCCUCAUUACUGAAGAACAUGACACUACAAUAUCUCAAGUGUGACUACGAAGUGUUAAGUAGUAUUUCUGUUUCAAGUUCAACCAAGGGAGUGCGUAGUAGUUCCGGCUUCAAAGGGGAUAUACUGGAGGGACAUCACCACCACAUUUCCAAGCUUUGUGUUCCAUUCUCAGGUCGACGAUACAUAAAGUCCUGAGAGUGUUUUCACUUCGAUGGAAUAUCAGAAGACGGUCUCACUGCUUUGUUAAGCUUUCCAAUUGCCGGCCGAUGGUUCAGCGGAAGUCAUCGUAGUGUUCCGAAGCAUACUGCAUACUGUGUUCGAUUAUUCCGCUGGUUUAUUUGUGUUCAUAAUGUUUUUUUUCUUUAGCUUAGGGUGGGGUGGUAGUAGAUCAGAAUGUUCAAAGUUUCUUUUGUUUUUGUACAAAAAAAAACUGGUUUGACCCUUUAGUUAACUGUGUAUGUAUUCUGUGUGGGGAACUUUCCUACUGUAUAUUAUGGAUUGAACUGAACGGAGCAGAAAUGCCUUUGCUGAUAAAGUUUGUCACAAUUUAUUGUUUU